CCGAGGAGACAAAGACGCCACUGCAAAUGAGGAGGAGAAACCGCCCUUGAAGUCUUUGCCACUACAGUUGUGUCCACCCGAAGGCAAAAACGCAGGCACCGGUCCUUGGAGACUCUUUGGAGGGAUGCGCAAAGAUGGGAGAGUACGGAGCGAAGGGGGGAUUUUGAUUGGCCGCACUUAUCCUGAAGGAACUAGGCGCGGAGAGGCAUGUUUGUUCCAGGGAGAGAAUUAACGAGUUGACAUCAAACUUGACGGAGACGUGCUGUCUGUGUGCGCAGUCGAUGCGUUCGCAGCAUCAUCCAGUAAACUUGCAUCUCCCCAAAGAGGCGGGCGAGCUUUCAGUUCGCUGAAAACGUUCAGACGGGGCUGAUCAACUAGUGCAGAGGAGGGGAAGAGGACGCUCUCACUUCGCCACCUCUUCUGAGCUUCAUGGUAGAUUUGGGAGCCUGUUUAAGAGUGGGCUCCACUGCAGUGUGACUGUGCUGCAUCAUAGUGUGGAUGAAGAUGAAGAUGGUGGUGGACGCCCUGUGUGGACGGAGACGCAGGCUGCCCUGUUUCCUUCUGUUCAUCCUACUGUUCGGUGCUGGAGGUCUGGUUCUCUUUAUUCACCAACAGGAGACGUCAGAGUUGGCGCAGGCACAAGCCCACGCUAUGAGGCUCGCCUCCACUCUGCGGCAGUCCAGAGAGACUCUAUCCACACAAGACAAAGAGAGGCACAAAUCGUACGGUUACCAGAGGGCCCAAACACCAGAAGGUGUCCUGACCAGCCUGAUUCCCCCUAUGCAGUUCCCUCACACUGAGAGGAGGAAGCAGAAGGCCUUCGCGAUGUCUCAGGAGCAUGAUAUGGACUCCCUUCAUGUCACUAAACGACAGCUGAAGCUGCUGAAAACAAGUCCACUCGUCAUACUAAAUAAAAACAGUGGCUUCUCAAACUCCUCCGUCUUUGCAGCAUCUUCAUCCCUCUCCGUUUCACCUCUAGAUUCCUCUUCCAGCUCUUCAGGCUCAGCACUCCAAGGAAGCUGGAAGUUCUUUAGUAUUCUUGAAGCCCGCAAGCAAUUGAUGAAAGAGAUCUGUGCAAAGUACAAAGGCAGCAUCUCCAAGAUCAUUACAAGGAGUCAUGUGAAGCACCUCUAUGUGGAGGACAAGCACAAGCUCUUGUACUGCCAAGUUCCCAAAACAGGGUGCUCAAACUGGAAGAGGACUCUCAUGGUGCUAGCAGGCAAGGCCUCCAAUGUUCAGAACAUUCAACAUGACACAGUGCACUAUGGUGGACAUCUCAAGAAGCUUGAAAGCUUCAGCCAAAAGGAGAUCAUGCAUCGUUUGGAAACCUACAAAAAGUUUGUGUUUGUUCGUGAGCCUUUUGAGAGGAUUGUGUCGGCUUACAGGGAUAAGUUAGAGAAUCCCAACGACUACUACCACAACUUGUUUGGAAAGCCCAUUAUAUCCAAAUAUAGACUCAACCCAUCCGAGGAAGCCCUCAGGACAGGUAGUGGAGUCAUGUUCAAGGAGUUUAUCCAAUACCUGUUGGAUGUCCAUCGGCCUGUGGGGAUGGACAUCCACUGGGAUCAGGUCAACCAGCUCUGCCACCCCUGUCUCAUACACUAUGAUUUCAUUGGCAAGUUUGAGAACAUGGGAGAGGAGUCCAACUUUCUUUUACGGCUCAUUGGUGCACCGCUAAGCCUCACUCUACCCACUUUUAAAGAUAGAAACCCUGGAGACAAGCGAACCUCCCUGGAAAUCACAAAGAAGUAUUUUUCACAGCUCAGCAUGUUAGAGAGGCAGAGACUAUAUGACUUUUACUACAUGGACUAUCUGAUGUUUAACUACUCUAAACCUUUCAAAGAUUUAUAUUGAUGUACUCUUGUAAUUCUUCAAUCAGUUACAUUCCACUGCAUCUUAACCCUGACAGGAAUCGAACCAUGAAGACGUUCAUUUAACAUUCUCACAAGUCUUUGAAAGGAUGCUGGGGGUUCAGAGAGACCCAGGUUUAUUUGAUUUUUUUAAAAGCAGAUUCUUGUUUAGCAGAUAAGUUAUUUUUGGGGAGAAAACCUGUCUAGAAUAAUUAAUAUGAUUCUGAAUCAGACAUAGUAAACUACCUUGGAUGUUUAAAAAAAUGUAUAUUUUACAAGCAACUGAUGUGAUAGUAGAGAUAUUAAAUAUAUUAGGGGUGUAACGAUUCAUUUUAACAACCAAUUGAUUCCUAUCAUCAUUUCUGGUUACCGAUACAAUUCAAAGUUAAUAUUGGUUCAUUUUAAGCGAUUGGAUUUCCUGACCUAAAAUGAAUCCAGGACAUGUUUGGGCAAAAACUUCAAUCAGUGUUAAAAUGUAGAAGCAAACAAGUAAACAAGAAUGAAUGGAAAAUCCAUUUACAUUUUAGUUAUACAAAGUUUAGCCCACUGUUGUUUUUCCAUGUCAAAAUAACACAAAUGGAACAGUAUUAGAACCAUCUAUCACACUGUAUGGUCACAUGUCUUUGCAAAAUUCCUAGUUAAACUGUAAUGAUAGUUUGAUCAGUUUUUGCUUCCAUCACACUUGUGUCAUCCACUGUAAUGCACUCGGUCGUUUUUACAUUAUAGUAAAAUAAACCUACCAUGUCUCAAUUCCAAUGGUAUUUUCCAAUAUCGACUAUAAUCGAUAUAUUUCGUUUUCAAAGGAUUUCUAAUACUAUAGGCAAAUUCGAUUAACACCUUCCUAAGACAGAUUGAUCUGGUUGGAUCGUAGAAAUAAAUCAAUUCAUGGAUUAUUUGUUAC